AUGUCGGGCGGCUCGUCUUGGUCGAACGCGGACUUCCGGUCCCUGCUCUCCGGCAAUUCCCUGAACGUUGCAGUGGGACAGACAUGCAAGCUGAAGCACGAGGACGGGAGCACAUCGGACGUGGAGAUCGUAAGGCUGAACGUUCAUCCAAACCCGAUCAUGCACGAGGUCAGGCUGGGAGGGGAGAUCGUGCGGGUGAACGCAGAUUCCCUCUAUGUGGAAGAGGCUCCGAAGCAGAACACAGUGAGCUCAAGGGGCGUGUGGAUCGAGUACAAGACCCCGGCGGGGAGGAGUUACUUCUACAACAGUCCAGCUGUCUGCCUGGGCUUGCCUCUUGUUGAUCAACCGGUGAUGAACCGCUUUAGCGGGGAGACGUCGUGGAUCAGACCGACGACCGGGAGGAUCCAGAAGGGCGCUGUCAUGCGGCCCGUCCCCGGCACCGACUGGUCCGAGUGCUUCACUCCCGCUGGUGACCGGUACUUCUACAGCAGGCGGACAGGGGUGACUAGCUGGGAGGUGCCGGAGGAGAUCGCUUCCUUGGUGAUGGGGCCGGGGGAUGAUGCAGAGGAGGAGAUUGCAGUAGAGGGAGGAGGAGGAGGGGAAGGAGGGAACAAUGGGGUGGCACAGCAAGGCUCGGCCGGCAAUGCUGCAGGAGGUGAGGGCGGGGACUUGAUUGUGGCUGGAGGCGGAGGGAUGGAGGAAGUGGAGAUGGGGGAGGAGGAGGCGUUGGAGGAGAAGAAGGCAAAAUUCAAACGCUUCCUGCUGGAGAAGGGAGUCGUGGCAGGGUCGAGCUGGGAGAAGGAGCUUUCCAAGUUUUGCUUUGACAGCCGUUACAAGACUAUCCUGGACAACCCGAACGAUCGCAAGUCGGUGUUCCACAGCCUGAACAAGAUUGAUGUGAUGAAGUAUAAGGAGGAGCUGAUGAUGGAGGAGGCCAACAAGAAGGCAGCGGUGGUGGAGGAGGCCAAGAAGCUGCUGGAAAGCUUCGAACGCGACGGGACCUUGACGUAUGACAUGGACAUAGAGAGCGUCUGGUCUCACCCCGUGAUGGGAGAGAAGCUCAAGGCUCUGGAUGUGGAGCGGACGGAGAGGAAGCUCAUUGUGCUGGUGAAAGAGCUGACGCACAAGAAGUUUGCAGAGAAGAGGAAGGAGGUGGCUGAGCUUGAGGAGGCGAUGAAGGAGAAGAUCGUGGCGUUCGUGCACGAGAGGAGGCACAAGGAGUGGGUGCCCUUCAGAGAGAGUCUGUGCGAGCAGGACGAAGAGAGAUGGAGGGACGUCGGGGAGGAGACAUGGAGGGUGCUGGAGCGAUGCUUCCUCGAGGCGGUCAAGGCGAUCCCCAUACCUGUGGUGAAGGAGAACAGGCCGUCCAAGGGGAAGGGGCUCAACCUGUUCAAGAAGAAGCCGGCGAAGCCCGCCGCUCCCGCCGCUCCUGCUGUCCCGCCCGAGGAGAAGAGGGAGGGAGGCAGGGAGCGGUCUCGGUCGAGAGAGCGAUGGAGGGAAAGGUCACGGGAGAGAGGAAGGGAUCGGUCCAGGGAGAGGGGGAGGGAUCGAUCGAGGGAGAGGGACCGGUCCAGGGAAAGAGGGAGAGACCGGUCAAGAGAUCGGUCGAGAGAGCGUUCCACGUGA